CCUUCUACCCCAUACAGUCUUAAGCCCCCCACAUAAAACACACACAUGUCAACAAUGAACCCUCUCAUGAAUCUCCAAAACAAACUGUGCUAUGUCAAAUGUGGCAACUGCAACACCAUUUUACUUGUUAGUGUGCCGCGGAGCAGUCUAAGCACGGCGGCAGUGACGGUGAGGUGCGGCCACUGUGCAGCCAUUCUUUCCGUCAACAUGAUGAUCAGAACUUCUUGCUUCCAGCUUCCCUUCCACCACUUUGCUUCCCUUGAUCAUCAUCACCAUGAGUUUGCGAAAGAAGGUGAAGCUGAUGAAGAAAAAGGAAAUGCUUCUAAUCCUACAAACAUGAAGAAAAAGUGCUCCUUUUUGGAUGACGUCAAAGAUGAUGAUGAUGACGAUGAUGAUGAUAUGGUUGAUGAUGAUAUAAAGAUUGCUGUUACUAAACCUCCCGAGAAGAGGCAACGAGCACCGUCAGCAUACAAUUGCUUCAUCAAGGAAGAGAUAAAGAGGCUGAAGGGUUCAAAUCCUUGCCUGAGUCACAAGCAGGCCUUCAGCGCUGCAUCCAAAAACUGGGCCCAUUUAAAACCAAGUCAACGCCAGAACAACGAAGGGGGAAGCCGUGGAGGUCAGCAUUCAGAUAUACACAUGUAGUCCAGGGGCGGGCCUGGGCCUGGAAAUACUGGAUCAGGAAACUGAGCAGAUUCUGGCUUCUGCAUGCAUGCAGGUCCAAUUACAGCUACGUACACAUCAGAAGUCGUUGCUGGUUUCUAUUUAUUCUACCUAAGAAAUUUAAGCUUUAAGGGCUCAGUGAAAGCAUCGAAUUAGUAUCUCAUUCCGGAAAUGAUGCAUGUCUUAUUCAAUACAUACAUAUAUGGCUUUAUGCUAAGUACGUCGGUAUUCUAAAAACGAAAAUGAGACAUUUUUUAUUUCCAUUAUUCCUAGCUAGUAUAGUAUGGUCGUAGUAGCUAUAGACUGCCAAUUUAAUAUGACAUUAUUGUCUAGCUAAUGUUGUUUUGACUCCAAGUAUAUUAGCUAUAUGCCUAUAUAUGUACCGUGGUGGAAUGAGAAAGAAUUC